AUGCAACUUGGAACUUCACUGCUACUAUUACUUACCACUACACUUUUUUUAAUUAACAAUCAUGUGCUCGCAUAUAAGACGAUAAUCGACGUGUUGUCGGAAGAUUCUCGCUUUGAAAAACUAAUCGAGCAUUUACAACGAACUCGGCUUGUUCCCCAUGUCAACAGUCUAGAGGCAGGCACUCUAUUCGCACCCGACAACGAUGCCUUUGAAAGGUUCAAAGGCGACGAGAUUACACAAGGAAUGUUACUAUACCAUUUGCUACCGGUGGGCAUGAUUGGCGAAGAUUUCUUUCACGGGCAGUUGCUAGAGUCGCUCUAUAUACGGCCCGGUUUUCUUGGCUCCGAUGAUGCUGGCCAGCGCAUAAAGAUCACAAAGGAUGGCAAGCCCGGCAAGGGUCGAGGGAAACCAUAUAUCAAUGGUGCCGAGAUUAUCGACAAGGAUAUCGUUGUCAAUAAUCAGACGUAUGUUCAAGUCAUCAAUCAAGUGCUUGUACCUCCACCCACCCUUAGUGAUUCGAUACAAAGCAACGUGGAGCUAUAUGGCUUUUUACAGAAAGUUGGCCUUGACGAUAAGCUGAAGCAGCCUCGACCAUUUACAGUUUUUCUUUCACGGCAGAGCGUGCUUAAUCGAUUAAACCCAGUCGAAAAGGAUUACAUCGUAUCCCAGUACGGCAUCGACGAUCUGGAUCGACUUUUAAAGUACAUGGUGGUCGGCGACGUCGUUUAUUCUGCUGAAUUCCCCAGUGGCAAAACAGUCUAUAAGACACUUUCGGGUGAAUCGCUUGUGGUAGGCGUUAACAAGGACAAUGUAAUCACUGUCAAUGACGUUCCAGUGACGGAAACUGAUGUCUUGGCAGCAAAUGGGGUUGUCCACAUACUUGAUGAUAUGCCUAUACCCGACAAUGUCGUCUUCAACACUCGCAAGUAUUUGUAUGGUCUUAACUCAACAAAGCUGGUUUCCCUUAUGGACGACUACGGUCUUAAACAUUACCUCGAAGACGAUGUGGAGAAAUAUACCAUCCUAGCUCCAGGCAACGAUGAUAUCAAGGAAGACUCUAUACCCGAUAGCAUAAAAAAGGAUUGGCUAAGCUAUCAUGUCAUCGGUGGCUCACUUACUCCCGAUCUUUUGAUUGAUGGUUCUCUUUUAAAAUCUCAAUUCAUGUCAUCUCGCCUUGGAGGUGCCCCACAGCGCAUCCCAGUUUUUGUUGAAAACGAAGCACCUGUCAAAUCUGCUGGUAAAUCCAUCCGAUUCGAACAUUCUCGAGUGCUUGCAGAUCCAGCUGUGGUCAAAGACAAUUACAUUUAUCAAGUUUCCGAACCAUUACAACUUCCUGGCGACAUCCUGUCAAAACUUGUGAUUGAUCUGAACCUAUCCACGUUUAUUGCUACGAUUUAUGUAUCGGAAGUUGCUGAUGAUAUCAAAGGCGCUGAUGGCAUUACAAUGUUUGUGCCCACCAACGAAGCCUUCCACGAUCUGGGAUUGGUGGCACAAUACCUGAUGCAUCCAGCUGGAAAAUCGCAUCUCCAAAGCGUACUACGUAAUCAUGUUGCGCAAGGACUUUUAUACCGUGAAGAUAUGGUACAAGAUGCCCAUGAGAUGACGACAUUAGCUAAUGCCACGAUCCGUAUCGGCCCUAGCGAAGGAGACAGUAGCAAACUCGUCGUGAGCGCGCCCGAAACCGGCUCUAAACAAGCUGUUGUCGGCCACACAGAUAUCCUCGUUGGCAAUGGUGUAGUGCACAAGAUCGAUGGUGUGCAGAUACCGGGCUAUGUGGAGAUAACCACGCGUGAUAUCCUAGUGGGCAUUGAAGCCAAUUCAAUGCUCGAGGUGCUCGAGAGAGCGGGAUUGCUUGACGAGUUGAAUAGUACCAACUACAUUGUGCUGACACCAUCAGAUCGUGCAUUUGCUCAUAUGGAUCUGGAUCAGCUAUUAAAAGAUCCUUAUGAGCUUGAGCGUCUGGCAAAAAUGCACCUUAUCCCUAUCGGCUGGCAAGACACCUGGAUCACAAGCAAACAUGACAAUGAAUAUCCGACGUCAUUAUCAGAGUAUGAUAAGGUUAUCUUCCGUGAAGAAGACAACGGCGGUUUGAUGGUGUUGGUGAAAGAUCGAUCCGAUAAGACACCCGCUCAUGUCAUUGGUAUGGGGCGUACCGUCGGAGGCAAGGUAGACGGUGGCGUAUUGAUGAUGGAUGGCGUCUUGAUACCUAUUCGUCGCGGAUUCUUUGGCUUGCCUUGGGGGUGGUCUAUUUUCCUCGUUACAGUUAUUUCGCUUAUUUCAGCAAGCAUCGUGGGUGGCUGUGGCUUCAUUAUUUACAAAGUCUGGACACGUAGACGCCUGGGUUACCGCAGCAUUGAUUAG